AUAUAACAGUAUAUCGUGCGUUAGUGCAUUUGCAGUGCCAGUGCAACGGUUGCCUGUGAUAAAACGCCCAAUUGUUUAAGUGAUAGCUGUGAAGUGUGUUAGAUGACAAUGAGAAGCAUUCUGCUAUCGAUUCUUUUGAUUGGGAUCGUGCGGGCGAACGAUAUUGAUAAUGGGGUAUCAACAGAAGAAACAUUAAAGCGCGGCUUGAGCAACAAAUGCGCAUCACGGGAGACGUCGUCAUGCAUUGCCGUGGAGCUGGUCGGCUACGUGGACAGAAUGCUGAGGACAGCUGCCUUCCAACUCAGUGAUGAUAUGAUGAUCGUUGAUGAAAGCAAUGGCGCAGCAGCUGAAAUCCCCAUAAAGCCAGAGUCCCUCGCAAGGGCAGGCACAUCAUUAGAAGACCAAGCCCAACAGGUUAUUAUGGAAAAGCUCUGGAACUUCGCAACAACGCGGUCAUUGAGGUACAGGAUCCUGGACAACACAGAUGUUGUGAUUGCUGGCAGACAGGAGAAAGAUGGAAGCCUCGGUGUAGGAGUAUCAAUGAAAGCACCGAAAGUAUUCGAAAGUGGCAGACAACGAAACAAGAACAUGGGGCCAUUCCUUGCGGCGGCCGCUAUGAAAUUCGGCCUUCUCGGCGCCCUCACAUUCAAGGGUCUUUAUCUGAUGGUUGGAAAGGCCCUCCUCAUCUCCAAGAUCGCUCUACUCCUAGCGACUAUCAUCGGACUGAAGAAAUUAUUCUCUCCUCAGGCUAUCAUCAAAAAGGACUAAAUCAUAUCGGUGAAUGGGAUCUGACGGAGAUUUUGGCGAAAGGAUGAUACCAGCUUCUAACAAAUAACCGCAAAAUUAGGAAUUAAUUCUGGACGUUUCUAUAUCGUGUGAUCAUCAAACAAUUGUACCUACUACAAUUGGAAUAACUGAAAUUAUUAAUUCCUAACAUUGCACUACCCGACAUAGGUAUAUAACGAAUGUAAAUAAUAUUUAUUUAUUUAUUUUAACUAAGAUAAUUCUACUAACUUGUACAAUAUACUGGUUUCGCAUUUAAAACGUAAGCAUUUGCUUGAUAAAUAACAUGGAAUGUACUAACAAUUGUGUAUGUGGAUUAAAUAAUUAUUCACUAA